ACGAGUAAGAAACACGGAAAUAGUGAGAUGGGGGUUGGACUGCGCGUCUUUGCGUCUUCGCAGAGACAGACAGAGAGAGAGAGAGUUGUAGUCCUCUCGGCACCCCUGGGAAGAAGUCCGCAUCCGACACAGCCUGCCUGCCACCUGAUUUGUUCUUAUUCUAAUGGGAAUAUAUCGAUCCGCAUCCCUCAAUAAGGAUUCAUCAUUUCCGAGAGAACUUUGCGCCCGGCUUUCCGCAGCAUCCUCGGAGUCAUUCGCUUUUUAUUCGCCGGAUAAGAUGGUAAUAACGCAACUAUCACCUCCUGCGUUCAUUCAUACGGAAUAGUGAGUAAAAAGUCGACCUCUGGCUCGGAUGUGCGACAGAUCAGGCACACGGUGUCCCUGCAAGAAAGAAAAGUGAGCAGGGCGAGCUGCUGCCGGAGGAAUACAAAUUAUACUUGUGAAAGAAAACGCGAACAAUGAGCCGGGCUGCCGAUGUGGAGCGUUAAAACCGAGUCACAGUUUGUGCGUCAGGCUGCUGUCCACCUCCAGCUUCACUGAGGAUAUAUACAUAUAUAUAUAUAUAUAUAUAUAUAUUUAAAGAAAAUAAUUAGAGUAAUAUAGUAGUAUUUGUGUGGUUGUGUGACUAAACGGAGGAAUGACAGUCAAGCUGGACUUUGAGGAGUGUUUGAAAGACUCUCCACGCUUCAGAGCUGACAUCGAGGAGGUCCAAAAUGACGUGAGCGAACUCGAGACACGAUUAGACAAGCUCGUGAAGCAAUGCCAGGCCAUGCUGGAGGCAGGCAAGAACUACUGCCAGACCAGCAAGAGCUUCGUCAACGGCCUGAAGGAGAUGGGACACCAGUGCGCCGGUGACAGCAUGAUAGGGGAGUGUUUGGAGAAAUUUUCCAAAAAGCUGUCUCUCAUCUUGGAGGCCCAGGGGGAAGUGAUUGAGAUCACACAGAAGGCAGUCAAGACGAAGCUACAGAACUUUGUGAAAGAAGAUGUGCGUCGGUUCAAGGACGUGCGCAAGGAGUUCGAGCGCAGCAGCGAAUGUCUGGAGGGGGCGCUGUCAAGAAACGCUCAGGCCCCGCGGGGGAAGCAGCACGAGGUGGAGGAGGCGAGCAACGCUCUGCUCAAUGCACGCAAGACCUUCAGGUCUGAGGCCCUGGACUAUGUCUUGGAGAUUAAUGUCAUUGAGGCCAAGAAGAAGACAGACAUUAUGAUGGCAAUGUUGUCGCUGAUGGAAGCUCAGGCCAACUUCUUCCAACGUGGCCACCAGUCUCUGUCAGAACUGGACGAGUAUCGACGAAAAAUCACUGAGGAGCACACACACUUUGUCCUGAACUCUGCCAGGGAGAAGAGGGACAUGGAGCAAAGACACGCUGCAAUCAAGAAAAAGGAUGUUUCCUAUGAUGACUCAAUCAUGGAUUUCAGCGCUGACGCAGCUAAUGGGAUCGCCAUGGAGGGUUACCUCUACAAGAGAGCCAGCAACGCCUUCAAGACCUGGAGCAGGCGCUGGUUUUCAAUUCAGAAAAAUCAGCUGGUGUAUCAAAAGAAAUUCAAGGACCAACCCACAGUUGUGGUAGAGGACUUACGUCUUUGCACCGUCAAGCCCAGCACUGAAAAUGAAAGACGAUUCUGUUUUGAAGUGGUCUCCCCAUCAAAGUGCUGUUUGUUGCAGGCCGACUCGGAAAGGCAGCAGCAGGCGUGGAUCAGCGCCGUCCAAAACAGCAUCGCCUCAGCCUUUCAGGAGCACAGAGAAGACCCACACAGCCCAAGACAGCGCUGCAGCUCGAUGUCUACAAGCACUUUAGGGGGAGGUGGAGGAGGAGCGGCGGAUCAGGAGAAAGAGGGCUGCAAAGCGCUGGACGAGGUUCAGGCCAUCCCGGGGAACAGGCAGUGCUGCGACUGUGGAGAGCCCGGUCCUGACUGGGCCUCCAUCAACCUGGGCAUCACUCUCUGUAUCGUCUGCUCAGGAAUACACAGGAGCCUGGGAGUUCAUUUCUCCAAAGUACGCUCCCUCACUCUUGACUCCUGGGAGCCGGAGCUCAUUAAGUUGAUGUGUGAAUUAGGCAACACAGUAAUCAACAGGAUCUACGAGGCUCGGAUUGAUGAGAUCACCAUCAAGAAGCCCAACCCCUCCAGUCCCAGAGGAGACAAGGAGUCGUGGAUUAGAUCAAAGUACGUGGAGAAGAAGUUUAUCCAAAAGCUGCCGGAGACCGGCAGGAACCCCCUGCUGAGGCGAUCUAGCGCCAGGAGGAACCGGGCGGCCACGCAGGAACGGACCACAGAGAAACCGCCGCUCAAACCCAAACCGAACCGAGCCACGUUGCCUCGAGUCACAGGGCUGAGCCCCAGUGACCUCGUCCAAAAGAACAAUACAGGGUUCCACAAAGAUGUGGAUGAGGAAGAGGAGGAUCUGAGCGGCCUUCACCCCGGGGCGCUGCUGUACCGCUCGGCAGCCCUGCAGAACUUCCCCGUCAUGGCAGACGCGUUGGCCCACGGAGCCGACGUCAACUGGGUCAAUGUGGCCGAGGCGUCCAGCACGCCGCUGAUACAGGCCGUCUCAGCGAACGCCCUGGCAGCCUGCGAGUUCCUGCUGCAGAACGGCGCCAACGUCAACCAGGUGGACAGCAACGGGAGAGGACCGCUGCACCACGCCACCAUCCUGGGUCACACAGGGUUGGUCUGUCUCUUCUUGAAGCGAGGAGCCGACUACAACGCCAGAGACAAGAACGAGAAAGACCCCAUAACCAUCGCCGUGGACAACGCCAACGCCGACAUCGUCACUUUGCUGCGGAUUGCCAAAAUGAACAAGGAGAUGCGGGAGAUGGACGGUUUUGCCCAAUCAGGUGAUGAAACCUACCACGACAUCUUUAGAGACUUUUCACACAUGGCCUCGAACAACCCCGAGAAGCUCAAACGCCGCAGCGCAGACCCCAAAAACUAAAAACAGCUGCUGCCUUGCCGCCUCUUCACACCGCCGCACAUUUCAGCACCUCCCAGCACCUCUCAGUCUUACAUACUUACACACAUGUACAAAUGUACAAUGCAUGCAGACACACACACACACACACACACACACACAUUUUCCCUGGCUACCUGCCCACAUGUUCAGUCAUAGCUCAGCUGGUGUUGACUUCAGAGCGGGAUGAACAGUGAAUUCUUUGUGCGAACACGUCAAGAGCAGAACAAUUGUGUCCAAGUGGAAACACUGGAACGGCUUUAUGAGAUCAGCAUGAGGUUUCUUUAUGUCUAGCAGAGGGGAACACCAUUACUCUGCCAAAAAUUUACUAAUUAAAUCCGGUAAAUCUGUUUCUUUUUAAGUGUUUUUUUAAUUUUAUUUCAUUCCUUUGCCAUAUCUGUUUACUUGUUAAAUGAAAAUAAAGUCAAAAUAUUAAUUGGAAAUGGACAUAACUGAUGCAAUGCGUCAGCUUUUAUGCCAAAUGUCUUCUAUCAAAUUGUAAUGUACACAGACUUUUAAAUUCAGGACAUUUUUAGACAUAGUUUCAUGGCUAUUUUGUCCAAACUAUGUGAGGUACUUUAGAUUUGUAUCACGAUCAAAUAAAAUGCAAUACAAAACUUA